AUGUUUGAUCUGCUUGCUGUUUUUAUUUUUCUUAACCUAGUUGGUAUUGAUGUCUUCAGGUCUGAGCAAGACAAGGAGCCAGAAAAGGAGGUUGUAUCUGAAGUUGUGGGUGUUGGCCCAUUUGAGGAAUCUACAUCUGAUGCUCCUCAGGAAAUAGAUGAGUAUGAGCUCGUUGAUCCUGUUGAUAUAUUGGCUCCUUUGGAGAAGUCUGGAUUUUGGGAUGGAGUGAAAGCAACCAAGUGGUCAGAACGGAAAGAGGCUGUUGCAGAGCUAACCAAGCUUACUUCAACAAAAAGAAUAGCACCCGGUGAUUUCUCAGAAAUCUGUCGGACACUAAAAAAGCUCAUAACAGAUGUUAAUAUCGCUGUAGCAGUCGAGGCAAUUCAAGCUAUUGGCAAUCUUGCUCGGGGUUUAAGAACUAAUUUCUCUGCAAGUUCACGCUUCCUAUUGCCAGUUUUGCUGGAAAAAUUGAAAGAGAAAAAACCUGCCUCUACUGAGGCACUAAAUCAAAGUCUUCAGGCAAUGCAUACAACUGGGUGCUUAAGUCUAGCUGACAUUGUGGAAGGCAAGUAUAUCUUUAUCCUACGCUGUAGUUCUUUAAUUCAGAAUAUAGUAUUGUCAUAGGAUUCCUUACUAUGUUUUUGGUUUAAGUUUUUUUUUUAUUAGAGAUUAGAUGACAGCUACAAAAUAUAUAUUUUAUUGCCUUAUGUAAUAAUAUGAAGAUAUUGUCAUUUUUUUUUUGUUAGUUUUCACUUUCUUUGCAUGCUUAUUUGCCCUGUGAUGGAAAAUCUAAUUUUCAGAAGCAGUUUCAUGGUUUUGCAUUAUAAGCCUUCUCUCUCUCUCUCUCUCU